AUGGAAACAAUUGCAUGCUUCGAAUUCAUUGCACCUCUCUUUGUCCAUGACCAAAGGGUGUCUUUGGAAACAUCCGAACCCGACUCCGACCCAUCUUCCCUCUCCCUCCCUCUCCACCACCUCGAUGCCCUCUCCUCCAACCAAACCCCCUCCCAACUCUUCCACCUCCGCCUCCGCCGCGACUCCCUCCGCUUCAACUCCCUCACCUCCCUCGCCUACAACCGCACCCGACCCGGCCCACCCUCAUCCGGGUUCAGCUCCUCCAUCGUCUCCGGCCUCUCCCAAGGCAGUGGCGAGUACUUCACCCGCAUCGGCGUCGGCUCUUCCCCCAAAUACCUCUACAUGGUCCUCGACACCGGCUCCGAAGUCGUCUGGCUCCAAUGCGCCCCUUGUAAACGCUGCUACUCCCAAACCGACCCGAUUUUCGACCCGAGAAAAUCCUCCUUCUCCUCCCUCCCUUGCUCCUCCCCUCUCUGCUGCCACCUCGACUCCCUCGGCUGCAGCUCAAAGUCCAAAACCUGCCUCUACCAAGUCUCCUACGACGACGACUCCUUUACCUUCGGAGACUUCUCCACCGAAACCCUCACCUUCCGCCGCUCCAAAGUCCCCAAAGUCGCCCUCGGCUGCGGCCACGACAACGAAGGCCUCUUCGUCGCCUCUUCGUCGGCGCUGCCGGUGAGGCUUGCCGAAGGACCUGCAAAGCUGGAGAGCAUCGAGCUCGUCUCACAAAGCUGGUUAGUUCUUGGUUUUAAAAGUCACUAG